AUGGAGGAUACAAAUAAGAGUGUGCUUGGCGAUUACUUUACCAGUGCUAUGGGACUGACCGAGUCAGGUGUCCCUCGAGUGCCUACACGUUACAUUCUUCCGCCUUCACAACGACCGAUGCUCGGUCCAAGCAUUGGUUCCGCUACCAUCGAUCUUCCUGUCAUUGAUCUCUCCCUCUUACACGAUCCUUUGCUUAGACCCCGUGUCAUCCAUGAGAUUGAAACGGCCUGCAAGGGAUUUGGUUUCUUUCAGAUAACAAACCAUGGAAUACCAUCAUCAGUGGUGAACGAUGCGCUAGAUGCAGCUACAAGGUUCUUUGACUUACCUGCCGAAGAGAAGAUGCUUCUGGUCUCUGAUAACUUUCACGAGCCAGUAAGGUAUGGCACCAGCAUUAACCAUUCAACAGACAGAGUUCAUUACUGGAGAGAUUUCAUCAAACAUUACUCACAUCCUCUCUCAAAGUGGAUCGAUCUGUGGCCAUCCAACCCUACAUGCUACAAGGAAAAAGUGGGGAGAUACGCAGAAGCAACGCAUGUGCUACAUAAGCAACUAAUCGAAGCUAUCUCAGAGAGUCUAGGAUUAGAGAAAAACUACUUACAGGAAGAGAUCGAAGAAGGCUCACAAGUCAUGGCCAUGAACUGCUAUCCAGCUUGUCCCGAACCCGAGAUUGCCUUGGGAAUGCCACCACACUCGGACUUUAGCUCACUGACCAUCUUACUCCAAAGUAGCCAGGGGCUGCAGAUAAUGGACUGCGACAACAACUGGGUCUGUGUGCCGUAUAUCGAAGGAGCUCUGAUAGUUCAGCUGGGAGAUCAGGUAGAAGUCAUGAGCAAUGGCAUAUACAAGAGUGUGGUUCAUCGCGUAACAGUGAACAAAGACUUGAAGCGGCUCUCUUUUGCAAGUCUUCACAGCCUACCUAUGCACAUGAAAAUAAGUCCAGCAACUAAGCUCGUCGAUGAAAACAAACCAGCUGCCUAUGGAGAAUUCAGCUUCAACGAUUUUCUUGACUACAUCUCAAGAAACGAUAUCACACAGCAAAGAUUCAUUGAUACAGUCAAGAAGAAGAACUCCUGA